AUUUUGUAAAACCUUUUCGUUUAUGAAACCGACUCUAUACUAUUGGUCAAUAAUAUAAUUUGAUAAUGCUAUUUAAAAACAGUAACACAAAAAUAAAAAAUAAAAAAUAAAAAACAGACAAUUGUGAAAAAGGAGGGGGCAUUAUUAUUAUGGCUUCGUUCUCCCUUAUCUCUUCCAGUUUGAUCUGCUGCGACUUUCUUUGAACCUCGCGCCCGUCACGAGCACAUCGUACCAGUCUCUGCUACAGAUGCAAAAAUCCAAGCACUCCUACCUCCAAUCUUUACCCGGGUUCUCCAACCAUUAGGUUUUUGAUCUCUGUUCAACUCCUUAAUCGCGCAGCAGAAAGCAGAGAGAGAUGAAGAGGCAUCACCGUGAUUCUUCUGCUGGCGGCGGCGGCAGAUACGACGGCUGUGUUAGCGGUGGGGAUGGCGCGGCAAAGGGCGGCGAAGGGUGGCCUAUGGCUGCAGGUAAGGCGAAGAUAUGGGAAGAAGAGCCGGACGGAGGGAUGGAUCAGCUGCUGGCCGUGUUGGGUUACAAGGUCCGGUCGUCGGACAUGGCGGAUGUGGCUGAGAAGCUCGAGCAGCUGGAGAUGGUGAUGGGCACAGCUCAGGAAGAUGGGAUUUCUCACCUUUCCAGCGACACUGUGCAUUACAACCCGUCCGAUCUCUCCGGUUGGGUCCACAGUAUGCUUUCCGAGCUCAAUUUUCCCAAUCCCCAGAACGCCUUCGACCCUUCUGUGAUUAUCCAGGACCAACUGAUCGACAACCCCAUCGUCGCUCCGGCGGAGUCCUCCACCGGCCAAAAUCAAGAGCCUCAACAUCAGUCUAGUCUCUACGAGGACCGGUCUGAGUUGUAUGAUCUCAGCGCGAUUCCCGGCGAUGCCCUUUAUAAUAACAAAAGCAAAAGUAGCAGCAACAAGCGGAUGAGAUCUUCAAUUGAAUCUGAUUCCUCUAAUUCUCAGCCUUCGACUUCAUCGACCGUGGCCGUUGCAGGUGGGUGCGAAUCGACGAGGCCGGUGGUGUUGCUGGAUUCGCAGGACACCGGCGUCCGCCUUGUCCACACUUUGCUCGCCUGUGCCGAGGCCGUUCAGCAAGAUAAUUUGAAGCUCGCCGACGCCCUCGUCAAGCACAUAAGCCUGCUCGCCCAGUCGCAGGCCGGCGCCAUGCGCAAGGUCGCUACCUACUUCGCUGAAGCCCUCGCUCGCAGAAUUUACAGAAUAUAUCCUCAAGACUCUCUAGAUCACUCCUACACGGAUAUGCUUCAGAUGCAUUUCUACGAGACCUGCCCCUACCUGAAAUUCGCCCACUUCACCGCCAAUCAAGCCAUUCUCGAAGCCUUCUCCGGCGCCGAUAAAGUUCACGUCAUCGAUUUUGGGCUAAAACAGGGGAUGCAGUGGCCGGCGUUAUUGCAGGCCCUCGCAUUGCGAACCGGCGGCGCGCCGACGUUUCGGCUAACUGGAAUCGGGCCCCCGCAGCCGGAGAACUCCGACACGUCGUUACAGCAGGUGGGUUGGAAAUUGGCUCAGUUAGCUCGGAAUAUUGGGGUGGAGUUUAAAUUUAAUUGGGUUGUGGCCGAAAGUUUAGCGGAUCUGGAGCCCUCCCUUCUCGGAAUCCGGCCGCCGGAGGUGGAGGCGUUGGCGGUGAACACCGUGUUCGAGCUUCACCCCCUCUUGGGACGGCCGGGGGCAGUGGAGAAAGUGCUCGCCUCCGUCAAGGCGAUGAGGCCCAAGAUUGUGACCGUCGUGGAGCAAGAAGCGAACCACAACGGACCGGUCUUCUUGGACCGGUUCACGGAGGCGUUGCACUACUACUCGACACUGUUCGACUCGCUGGAGGGUUCCGGGUUGAGUCAACCCAGCAACAGCCCGGACCGGGUGAUGUCGGAGAUGUAUCUGGGCCGUCAGAUCUGCAACGUGGUGGCGUGCGAGGGGUUGGAGCGGUUCGAGAGGCACGAGACGCUGACUCAGUGGCGGACUCGGAUGGAGUCGGCAGGAUUCGACCCGGUCCACCUGGGGUCGAACGCGUUCAAGCAGGCAAGCAUGUUGUUAGCUCUGUUUUCGGGCGGGGAGGGGUACCGGGUGGAGGAGAACGACGGGUGCCUCAUGCUUGGGUGGCACACACGAUCGCUCAUUGCCACCUCGGCGUGGCAACUCAGCGCCGUCGUUUCGUAAGCGAGUCAACUCAGUUGGGUGAGGCCGAAUCGGUAGUUAUCGGACACUACAACCCCACAAAUAAUGAAGGGUAACGCCGUGUUGGGUUGUGACGGACUGCUACUCCCCCCAUAAUCUUUUUGGCUUUCUUAGAAAAUCAUUUUGUUUAUUAAUUUUCGUGGGUUGAAGGGUUUUUUUUUUUUUAAUGUAUUUUGUAAGUUUUUCUGUUUUUUUUUUUUCCCCUGCCAAUGUAUCUAAUGUAAACUUAUUCUAAUUAAAAUAAAAACUUGAGUAUGUUGCAUAUA